AUGGAUCCCGAUGAAGGAUUUUACGCAUUCUAUGGAAUCCCAUAUGCAACUGCACCGACCGGGGACAAUAAGUUUAAGGUGAAUCUUCCCAGCCCUGUAUGGUUGGAUACUCUUGAAGCUGUUGAUGAUACUAUUAUCUGUUCACAACAACAUUUUUUUAAUUUAAUUCCAAAAAACAUGAGAAUGAAAGAAUACUGCCUCAUAGCGAAUUUAUUUGUGCCAGAUACAAAGGAGAAUAAUCUACCAGUAGUAGUGAACAUCCAUGGUGGCGGCUUUCAAAUCUGCUAUGGAAAUUUAAAUACUUAUAAAAAUUUGAUCAGAAGUAAAAGAAUAAUUAUUGUAACAUUUAAUUACCGACUUGGACCAUUUGGAUUCUUAUGUCUAGGAACAAAAGACGCUCCAGGUUAUGCUGGAAUGAAAGAUCAGGUGGCUUUGCUACGCUGGGUUAAUCAGAAUAUUGCUGAAUUUGACGGCAAUCCUGAAGAUGUUACUAUUGACGGAUAUAGCGCUGGAUCCUCGUCGGUCGAUUUGUUAAUGCUAUCGGAAAGUGCAAGAGGACUGUUUCAUAAGGCUAUACCAGAGAGUGGCGCUGGCAUUGCAUCAUUUAGUGUACAAACAGACCCUAAAGCGAACGCUAUAGAAUAUGCAAAACUACUAAAUUAUACAGGUUCUGGAAAUGAAUGA